AUGUUGUCCAAGAGCUCAAGGCGCCAGCGAGAAGCAAAUUCCAGCCGCCCCGCCAGAUCUUCAGGGCUUCCAACUCUCGAUGACAAGCGCGGCGGCGGCGGCGGCGGCGGCAACAGCUGCUACAACAGCCACUCUCGGCGUGUCUGCCAGCGGCUACCCAAAUGCGCGCGUUGCAGGAACCACGGCGUGGUGUCCAGCCUCAAGGGCCAUAAGCGGCUGUGCCGCUGGCGAGAGUGCACGUGCGCCGCCUGCUCGCUGGUGCUCCAGCGACAGCGCGUCACGGCUGCGCAGGUGGCGCUGCGGAGGCACCAAGACCAGGUGCACGCCAGCCAGGCUAAGAAAGACAACAGGAGCAGUGAAUGUUCAGUUUCUGGCCACAGAUUCAACUUUUGUUGUAAGUCCAAGAACACUGCUAGCAUGCUGGCUAGAUGCAUACUGGAAGCAAGUAAUCCACCAUCCCAGGAAAUUGAACAUUGCCUUUCUAGCCUGAGUGAGAGAAUGAGGAAGAGAAGGGCAUUUGCAGACAAGGAACUGGAAUCAAUAAUGUUGGAAAGGGAACUUCGACAAAGAACCUUUGACAGGUUUGCUACCCAUCAGAGAGAACAGCUGCUGAGCAGAAGUCAUUUACCAGCCUUUGAGGAAAAUCUAUUCCAAGAUUACCUUAAUUACUUGACAUGUGUUAACCCUGGUACUUUGAAUGUUUGUUUCCCUUUGCUGUAUUCAAACACCAAGCCGCUAGACUAUGGACCUUGUGUUUAUAAGAUCACAGACACUUCUCCUUUGAAUAUAGCUUUUUUCACAGCCAGCCAAACUGAAGGUGGUGCCUUGCAGAAAUGUACCUGGGAGGAGAACACAAAUAAACACCCAGAUGUGUACAGCAAAAAUAAUUGUGACUGGAAGGAGCAAACUCUGUCCAAUGCCUGUUCCAGAGAUCUUCUCUUACUUGAGAAGAAUUUGAGACCAAAAAUAAUAAAACUCCAAGAAAAUAAAGAAUUAAGAGACAUUGGAGUCAAAGAUCUUAUUUUGUGGGAUCAUAAUGCAGAACAAGAAAAUUGGCAUGUUAAUGACACAUGCUUUGAAGUUAAGGAGGAUGUAAGGCAUUUAUCUGAAGAGUGCUGCUCAGAAAUGAACAAGCAGAUAUUGCCUUUUUCAGUAGAAUUUUUAUUGAAAGAUUAAAUAUAUUAAGUAGCUUGGCUGGCCAAUAUUGUGUUUAUGAAAUAUUAAUAGGAAACUCUGCCUACUAAAUAAAUAUUCAUGUUGUAUGUUUGAUUGUAACUUAUGCAAGUGGCUAACAUGAUUGACUCCUGUUCUAUUUCUGAUUUGGGGGGGAAACAUUCUACUUUAUUGUUCUGAUAAAUUGGAACAUCAGUGUGUUCUGGAAAGAGUAAGGAUUUGCUUUUAUUUUCAUGUAUGUAUUACAAUGUAAAUGUG